CUCUCGCUCCCUCGUGCAAUUUCAAAAUUACAUUACACUCUCUUCGACCUCGCAUCGCACCUUCAACUUAACCUAUUCCACUUGUAAUCGUAAACGCUUUGCUAGAAGAAGAGACAAAGUGUGUCUGUGUGUGUGAGAGAGAGAGCAAUGGCUGGCUCGUGGGCACGCCGUUCUCUGAUUGUUCUAGCCAUCAUUUCCUUCGGAUGUCUAUUUGCGAUUUCCAUUGCAAAGGAGGAAGCCACCAAGUUGGGGACGGUCAUUGGGAUUGAUCUUGGAACGACCUAUUCAUGUGUUGGUGUUUACAAGAACGGCCAUGUUGAAAUCAUAGCCAAUGACCAAGGUAACCGUAUCACCCCUUCUUGGGUUGCUUUCACCGACAGUGAGAGACUCAUUGGGGAGGCUGCCAAGAAUCUGGCAGCUGUCAACCCAGAAAGGGUCAUCUUUGAUGUCAAGAGACUUAUUGGAAGAAAGUUUGAAGAUAAGGAAGUUCAACGAGACAUGAAGCUUGUUCCUUAUAAGAUUGUCAACAAGGAUGGAAAACCUUACAUACAGGUGAAAAUUAAGGAUGGUGAGACCAAGGUGUUCAGCCCUGAGGAAAUCAGUGCCAUGAUUCUGACCAAGAUGAAGGAAACUGCGGAAGCAUUCCUUGGGAAGAAAAUUAAUGAUGCUGUGGUCACUGUCCCAGCUUACUUCAAUGAUGCUCAGAGGCAGGCCACCAAAGAUGCUGGUGUCAUUGCUGGUCUCAAUGUUGCUAGAAUUAUUAAUGAACCUACUGCUGCUGCCAUUGCGUAUGGAUUGGACAAGAAAGGUGGCGAGAAGAACAUUCUUGUUUUUGACCUUGGGGGUGGAACAUUUGAUGUCAGUAUCUUGACAAUUGAUAAUGGUGUUUUUGAGGUUCUUGCUACAAAUGGAGAUACUCAUCUUGGAGGUGAGGACUUUGAUCAGAGAAUAAUGGAGUACUUCAUUAAAUUGAUCAAUAAAAAGCAUAAAAAGGAUAUUAGCAAGGACAGCCGAGCACUUAGCAAGCUGAGGAGAGAGGCUGAACGUGCAAAGAGAGCUCUCAGCAGCCAGCACCAGGUCCGCGUGGAAAUUGAAUCACUUUUUGAUGGUGUUGAUUUUUCUGAGCCACUCACCCGAGCUCGGUUUGAGGAGUUGAACAAUGACUUGUUCCGGAAGACCAUGGGACCAGUGAAGAAGGCUAUGGAAGAUGCUGGAUUACAGAAGAAUCAAAUUGACGAGAUUGUUCUUGUCGGUGGAAGCACAAGGAUUCCAAAGGUACAACAGCUUUUGAAGGACUACUUUGAUGGAAAGGAGCCAAACAAGGGUGUCAACCCUGAUGAAGCAGUUGCCUAUGGUGCUGCAGUGCAAGGAAGCAUUUUGAGUGGAGAGGGUGGUGAGGAAACCAAAGAUAUCCUUCUCUUGGAUGUGGCUCCCCUCACCCUUGGAAUUGAAACUGUUGGUGGGGUGAUGACGAAGUUGAUUCCCAGAAAUACUGUUAUCCCUACCAAGAAAUCCCAGGUGUUUACCACCUACCAGGAUCAGCAGAGUACCGUCUCCAUUCAGGUUUUUGAAGGGGAGAGGAGUCUCACAAAGGAUUGCCGUCUGCUUGGGAAAUUUGAACUGUCUGGAAUUCCUCCAGCUCCAAGGGGUACCCCUCAAAUUGAAGUGACCUUCGAAGUUGAUGCAAAUGGCAUUCUAAAUGUGAAGGCAGAAGACAAGGGCACUGGUAAAUCAGAAAAGAUAACAAUUACAAAUGAAAAGGGACGUCUUAGCCAGGAGGAAAUUGAGCGGAUGGUUCGCGAAGCAGAAGAGUUUGCUGAGGAAGACAAAAAAGUGAAGGAGAGGAUUGAUGCUCGUAACAGUCUUGAAACCUAUGUCUACAACAUGAAAAACCAGGUCAGUGACAAAGACAAGCUCGCUGACAAGUUGGAGUCUGAUGAAAAAGAGAAAGUUGAGACUGCAGUGAAAGAAGCAUUGGAAUGGCUGGAUGACAACCAGAGCGUGGAGAAAGAAGAAUAUGAGGAGAAGCUCAAAGAGGUGGAAGCUGUUUGCAACCCAAUCAUCAGUGCUGUCUAUCAGAGAUCAGGUGGAGCCCCAGGUGGUGGUGCAUCAGGCGAGGACGACGAUGAAGAUUCUCAUGACGAGCUCUAGAGAUGUUGUUGCUUAAGCAGUAGCAUUAAAUGAUGAGCAGUAGUGUAGGUUAAACGGAGUCUUCAAAAUUUUGUAACAGGUGGAAAUUGACAAUAGUUUCCCCAGCUCUUGUAUCUUUGGUGCCGAAAAUACUUUAAAGAUGAAUGCUUGAAUUUGUUUUAGGAUCGCUAGUUUAACCACCAUACUUCUUCGGCUUUCCGAUAUUCGUUUUUAUCUUCAUGCUAGGGAGGACGGUUGGACUCGGAACUACAGCCGUCUACGUAUGUUGGAAUUAGUGUCUGUUACGUAGAUUGAGCUUAAAAUUCAGUCUAUCAAACCAAAGUAACUCUU